AUGGCCACGCUUUUAUCGUUGCUGGGUCCAAGACAGCCACGGAAAUGCAACAUUGCCUCGGUUGACCAGUCGGUGGAGUUUGUAUCUGGCAAACUUUACGAUAUUGCGAGUGUUCCGGGCACUACGUUCCAAUGGGACAUCUUAUUUGGACUUUUACAACAUGAGUCGCGUUCUGCGGUUAUUAAUGUUCAUUCCCAUAUCCCAUGGGAUAACUUCCAGGGCAACAAAGCCAACGUCGACAUCUACACCGUCGGUUCAUUGACGCAAUUAAUAGCCCUCGUGCAAAGUUUGGAUUUUUCCCAGUAUAAACUGGUAGUCUUGAACGACUUCCACGUGCUGUACCAAUCAGCAGUGAGACAUUUAGAAGACAAACGCAGGGGCGAGACCCCCCACCGAUACAAGCGAGACGCAAACGGAGCAAGAAAGGAUCAGCCAGGCCCAACCCGGAAACUGCAAUUAGUGGUUCAGGACUUGUUAUUGUUGAUAAGCAGCAAGUGUCAGACGCAUGAAACGAUUGGCAUAACUACGGGGAAAAUGACCACUAUGAGUCAGCGAUUUUUCACCCGGUCCCAGAAUUCCGAUAUCGACGACGAGACAGAGGAUACUUCCAUGUUCCAGCAGAUAAUGGUUCCUGUGUUACCCCUUAAUGGGCCUUGGGCUGGCCAAUAUGCAAAAAGACUGGUUCUUUACCGGGAUUGGGUCCGAGAAAGUGGGGGGACCGGUUUGGAUAAAAACCUCACGAUUGUGGAUUACAUCCGGCUGAUGGAGACCAAACAACUACGAGUAUGUCCUCAGUUCCUUGGCGUGACCAGCAAGGAUAGCAACAGAAAGUUCGAUACAGGGUGGUGGUGUAGUGAUGCACAACUCACCCCUGUGUCAUAA